UUACUAACAAAAAUUAGAGAAUCAGAAUCUCAUAUGGAGGAGGACUGAUAUCUCUGUGGGACGGACUACUCAGAAAAAACUAAAAAACAAAAAUAAAAUGUCUUCAUCGAGGUCUCAGAGAUCCACCACCACCAUCUCCCCUUUCCGAUCAAGAAAACCACCAGUUCCGGUGGCUGCUACUCCGCCUUCUUCUUCAAAAUCUGCUGGUGCUCGUCCUACAACUCCUUCUUCUACUUCUUCUUCUCGUCCACCGCAUAAACUCUCACCAUCUCCUUUUGAAAUCAGUAAGCCGAAGGAAAAUGUCACUGUCACUGUUAGGUUUCGACCUCUCAGUGCAAGAGAAGUGAAGAAAGGGGAUGAGAUUGCUUGGUAUGCUGAUGGAGAUUACACUGUUAGAAAUGAGUACAAUACUUCAAUUGCGUAUGCCUUUGAUAGAGUAUUUGGUCCAGCAACAACUACACGCCAAGUUUAUGAUAUAUCCGCCCAGCAAAUUGUCAGUGGCGCCAUGGAAGGAAUUAACGGCACAGUAUUUGCUUAUGGUGUUACUAGUAGUGGAAAGACUCAUACGAUGCAUGGAGAACAAAAAUCACCUGGAAUCAUUCCAUUGGCAGUGAAGGAUGUCUUUGGGAUUAUACAAGAGACACCUGGAAGGGAGUUUCUUCUUCGUGUUUCCUAUCUGGAGAUAUACAAUGAGGUUAUUAACGACUUGCUUGAUCCAACUGGGCAGAACCUACGAAUACGGGAAGAUGCUCAGGGAACUUAUGUAGAAGGAAUGAAAGAAGAAGUUGUUUUGUCGCCUGCACAUGCUCUUUCUUUGAUAGCAUCUGGUGAAGAGCAUAGACACGUCGGUUCUAAUAAUUAUAAUUUACUUAGCAGUCGGAGCCACACUAUCUUCACGUUGACAAUCGAAAGCAGUUCGCGUGGUGACAAUCACAUGGAGGAAGAUGUAGCCUUAUCCCAAUUGAAUUUAAUUGAUCUUGCAGGGUCUGAAAGUUCUAAAGCGGAAACGAUUGGGCUGCGUAGAAAAGAAGGUUCAUACAUAAAUAAAAGCUUGCUUACACUUGGCACUGUGAUAUCCAAACUAACUGAUGCCAAAUCUACACAUAUUCCAUAUCGAGAUUCUAAACUGACACGUGUGUUGCAGUCCUCUCUUAGUGGUCAUGGACGGGUUUCACUUAUUUGUACUGUCACUCCUGCCUCAAGCAAUACCGAGGAGACACACAACACACUUAAAUUUGCCCAUCGUAGCAAGCAUGUGGAAAUUAAAGCUUCUCAAAAUAAGAUACUGGAUGAGAAAUCUGUAAUUAAAAAGUAUCAGAAGGAAAUUACUAGUUUAAAAGAAGAGCUGCAGCACUUGAAGCAGGGAGCAACGGAGAAACCUUAUGCUGUUGCUUCCAACCCGGAAGAUCUUGUUAGUCUGAAGCUUCAGAUGGAAGCUGGUCAAGUUAAAUUGCAGUCACGAUUAGAAGAGGAAGAGCAAGCUAAGGCAGCUUUAAUGGGGAGAAUUCAACGGCUGACAAAGCUAAUCUUGGUUUCCACAAAAAACACUUUAUCAUCAAGUACCCCUCAAAAGACGGGUUAUAGACAAAGACACUCCUUUGGAGAAGACGAGCUAAUAUAUUUGCCGGAUAAAAAACGAGAGUACCUUAUUGACGAUGAUGCCACUAGUAUGGAUUCAGAAUUUUCAGCAGAAGCAAGGUAUGAUGCCAACAAUGUAGAUGAGUUGGUCAAACGUGAUAAGAAGAGCAAGAGGCAUGGGAUGCUUGGAUGGUUUAAACAGCGGAAGCCGGAGAACCUUUCUGGACUAUCAUCUAGUGAAAGCUCCGUUGGUGGCUCACCAGCACCAUCUUCGAAGUCAUCACAACAUAAAGUAUUAGUGACUGACAUGAGGGAUGGACAGAGAAUGUCUGUUGGCAGAAGAGGGGAUGAUCCUUGUAACUUAUUCAAGACUGGAACUACAAUUACAGAUCAAAUGGAUCUACUCCGUGAGCAGGUGAAAACGUUAGCAGGGGAGCUAGCCUUGUGUAUCAGUUCUUCUGAAAGGUUGUCAGAGAAAGCAGCUAGUGACCCCGAAGAUUUGCAUCUUCAGGACCAAAUGCGGAAGCUUAAGGAUGAAAUCAGUGAGAAGCAGGGCCAUAUGCAUGAACUUGAACAACUGAUGCUUGGUUCUAUUGAGUCUACACCACGUGCAUCAAAUAACAUUGAGAUGUCUCAGGCACUGUCAAAGUUUGCUACUCAACUAAAUGAAAAAACAUUCGAUCUUGAGAUUAAAUCAGCAGAUAACCGAAUACUUCAAGAACAGUUGCAGAUGAAGAUGUCUGAGAAUGCUGAGAUGCAGGAAACCGUGCUUCUGCUAAGACAACAGCUUGAUUCUUUGUUAGUUAACAACUCUGGCCAGGCAGGUAAUCUUGUUGCAUCCACGAAUUGUUCCUCAGAGCAGUCUCGAGAAAAUAGAGAAUCAAAAGUUGAAAUUGGUUCAUAUGAAGAAGGCUCAAGUAGGUGCAAGUGCAAUGCUGAUAAGUCUUUGAGUUCUCAAGUCCUCAAGCAAGAUGCUGAAAUAAAGAAUCUUAAGCAAGAUAAUGCGAAGCUUACUGAAGAAAGGGAUGGAUUUGCAACUGACAACCAAAAUCUGGCCGAGGAAGCCUCAUAUGCCAAGGAGUUGGCUUCAGCAGCUGCUAUUGAGCUUAGAAAUUUGGCAGAAGAAGUAACUAAACUUUCCUAUGAGAACGCAAAAUUGACUGGCGAAUUGGCUGCACCAAAAGAAUCAGCUUACUGUAGAGCUAAUGCAUUAUCGAGAAAUCCAGAGGAUGGGAUGUUAAUUGAGGAGUUGCAGAACGAGCUUAUUGUGAGAUACCAAAGAGAAGCUUCUUUGGAGGCUGCUUUAUCUGAGAGAAUCAGAAGAGAAAGCGAGCUGGAGAAAAGAUUGGAUGAAGCAAAGCAACAUGAAGAAGAUUUAGAAAAUGAACUUUCAAACAUGUGGUUGCUUAUCGCAAAAAUGAGGAAAACUAGCAUUGAUCCUGAAGACUCGUACCUGGAGGGGGAACAAAAAAUAAAUGUUCCCCUCAAAAGCGCACAAAACGAAUACCCUUCCUCAAAUCAUGCCCGAAAUGGAACUUCCGAACCUGGCGUAAGUUGUGGCAACAUGGAAGAAUUAAGUACAUUAGAAGAAACAAGAGCUGGCUAUGAAACAGAAAAGAGAAGGUGUAGAGAGCUAGAAAGCAUUAUUUCCAAAUUAAAGGGCCAAGAUCUCAAUGGCCUAGAUAUUGCUGCUCUUGAAGAACUUCAGGACCUUCAUGUUGAGGCAAUCACAAAGAUUUGUCAUGCGAAGUGUGCAAAUCAUGUCUUAUAGCAUUUCAAGGUUACACUACACCACCAACACUUUGAGGAAUAAGGGUUUUGGGAGGUUUGAUGAGCAACUGUACAGUCAUGCAUGUAUAAAGCUAACCAGAAUCAUCCACCAACUAAAUCGGUUAACUUGGUUCAGUAGUACCUAACUCCUUUUCAUCUCUCUCAAUUAGGGGAAAAACACCAAAACAUGUACUGACAUUUUUUAUUUUCAUUCAUUUAUUUAUUUUUGCUACUAUGUAAUCAACAUAAUUCUACAAUGUCUGUGACAAUUAUUUGCACAUGUACAACUUUUAAUGUAAAGCAGAACAACAAAAGCU